CGAAUAUUCUAUAUUACCUACGAAUACACCAAAGUGGAUGAAUUGACAAGUCUUCACUGCGCAUGAUCAUCUACAAUUUCGAAUUUAUUCGCUAGUGGAUAUAAAAGCAAAUCCCUGGUGUGAACUAGUGCAGUCAACAUUAGCCAAAGAGAAAACAACCAAAGGAAAUUCAAGUUCUAGAGCAAAACGAGGGCAUAAAUAAUUGGGCUGAUAGUGAAAAAUCGAUCAGUAAGGAAUUAAAAUGCCCAUGGUGCCGCUGUUUUACCGUGACUUUUGGGACAACGGCUGGUGGAAUGGUCCAAUGAGGACAUCGCGACUGAUUGAUCAGCAAUUUGGACGAGGUAUUUUCAGCGAUGACCUAUUCCGUGACAUGUCAUGCUGUCCUCCGCAAGAGUUUCGAAGGAUGGGAUUCGGUAAAUCGUGGUUGUCCGAUCUCAAUCAGCAGUUUAGCAGAACCAUCAUCGGCGACAAGGAGAAAUUUCAGGUCAGUCUCGAUGUGCAGCAGUUCACUCCGAAAGAGAUAACAGUAACUACCGUGAACAACACUAUUGUGGUGGAAGCAAAGCAUGAAGAAAAACAGGACGAGCAUGGGUUCGUUUCGAGGCAUUUCGUGAGGCGUUACGUACUACCCGAUGAGCAUGAUCCCAAAGAUGUAUAUUCGAGCCUAUCUUCCGAUGGAGUGUUGACGAUAACUGCACCAAAGAAAACACUUCCACCUCCACCAGCGACAAACGAAAGAAUCGUGCCUAUUACAAAAACGGAAGAAACUUCCCCAUAAGCAUCUUAAUUACCAACUUAGGAUUUUAAAUAUGUGAUUUUAGUAUGUUAAGCUGCAUGAUUAUUGUUAUUUUUCAUGAUAAUGUCUUUUAAAAAUAAAUUGUGCUUCAUUAUAAAAAAAUUAAA